AUGGGUGGUAUUGGUCGCUCAGUUGCCACCUGGAUGGUGGAAAGAGGGGCUCGAUGCUUUGUCUUCCUGUCUCGCUCAGCUGGAAAAUCGGAACAUGAUCAACGGUUUGUUCGUGAACUUGAAGACCAAGGUUGCAAUGUGGUCUGCGUACCCGGUAGCGUCGCUGAGUUAGCAGAUGUGGAGAAAGCUAUCGCGCAAUGCUCUUUGCCCUUGAGCGGUGUUCUACAGAUGUCUGGAGUUCUACAAGACUCCACCUUUGGCGAAAUGACGCAUACGCAGUGGACAUCCUGUCUAGCAAGCAAAGUAAAAGGCACAUGGAACUUGCACAAAGCUACCCAGAAUGAGAAGCUGGACUUUUUGAUACUGUUCAUUUCAGUCUCAGCAACCGGGGGAAAUCCUGGACAGGCAAACUACGCAGCGGCGAACACGUUCCUUGAUUCCUUUCAUCAAUAUCGUCGGGGGCUAGGACUGCCUUGCGGUGUGAUUAAUCUUGGUCCUGUUGAGGACUUCGGUAUGCUCAGCCAUGACCAAGCCCUCCUGGAAAAGAUGCGCUCUGCGGGAGUUCGUCUGGUCAGCGAAAAGGAGCUCGUGGGAGGCCUGCAGAGAGCAAUUCAACAGGCUCAGGAACCCCAGUCUGUGAAAUGGAAUAUCAGCAGCUCGUGUAUCGUGGGCUUAGGAACCACGAGACCUCUUUCGGAUUCCAGUGUUCGCUGUCCAUGGGGCAGGGAUACCCGGUUUUCAAUCUUCGCCAACAUCGAUUCUACGGGAACUACGACGGGAGAUGAAAGCGCGGAUGAACUCAAGAUCCUUUUGCGGAAGGUUGAGCGGAAUCCUGCCCUUCUUGAUGAUCCGGAGUCAGAGCGCAUCAUCUGCCACGAACUGGCAAAAAAGAUCACACAACACAAGGCAGCCAAAGAGGACAUGGACGAAGAAGAAAUGAGAGCCAUCGUGAUUGAUUCCUUAAUGGCGAUCGAAAUUCGAGGCUGGGCUCGUCGUAACAUGGGGUUGGAAAUCAGCCUUGUGGAGAUCGGAAAGGCUGGCACUGUGGGUGGCUUAGCAGCGGCAGCCAUUGAAUAUCUCAAGGUAAAACAUGGUGUCACGACAGGUAGGACACAGGAAAAAGCUGGUGGUAGUGAGUGA